AUGCCAUCGAAUGUUAAUGAAGAUGAGAUAGAAGAAGAAAGUUUAACAGACGAAAAACUGAAUGAAUAUACCAAAUUUAAUUUGUUCGAAUAUAAACAAACAGGUAGUGCUGCCGAAAAACUUUAUAUACCAUUUCCAAAUCAUACAAAAUCAGAUAUUGACUUGAUGUUUGAAUUUCCGUAUAUAUAUGCUGUUGAUCCCGAACAAUUUACUUCGACGGAUAGAGAAAAAUAUCAAAUCAAUAAUCAGAUUCGAUUUCUAUACAUUGACUACAGUAACACAAAAUAUCCAUGUUAUAUAAGACUCUACUUUGAUUCAACACAAGAAUUGAUUGAAACAAGUGAAAAGACAGAUUCAACAAUUUUUAUUCCAGAUACAAAUACAAAUGUAACUCUUCGUAAUUUGACUGAAAAAAAGAGAAAAUAUUGGCCAUCAUCAGGUUUUGUGAAUUGGUUUGCCAAAAAAUGGCCUUUAGACAAAGGAUAUGAUGAAGGCUUAGAAAUUCAUGGCCCAUCAAUAUGUACUACAACGAAGGAUCCUCAGUUACCACUACCAAUGGAUCAUGUUGCAUCAUUGAAAUGUCUACAUUGGCCUAAACCAGCAUUAAAUUGGAUCAAUCGUAAACGUUUAGGUAAUUGGCCAGAUCAAAGUCUGAUAAAUUCAUUAGUUAAAUUUGGAUGUCACAUAGUACCAAUAUCACAUAUAUUCACAAGUAGUGAAGAAAAAAAAACAGAAUGGAGGUUAUCAUUUUCCAUUUGCGAACUUAUGCUAGCAAAAACACUAAAUUAUUAUCAAAGAAAAUGUUAUUUAAUUGUCAAAUCUUUAUUCGAUAUACACAUUAAACAGGAUCUCGAAUUAUCGAAGAUCAUCUGUAGCUAUUUUUUAAAAACAAUGUUAUAUUGGUUAUGUGAAUCAAUAGAGAAAAAGAAAUGGACAUAUGAAACAUUGUAUGAUCGUUUUAUUGAUUUCAUUGAUUAUGCAAUCAAAUGCUUCGAAAAUAAAUAUUUAAGCCAUUAUUUUAUAGUUGAAAUGAAUCUUAUUGGCCAUCUAAAUGAUGAAAAUUUGAAAAAGAUUAUUGAUAAAUGUAUUUUAAUUAAAAAUGAUUCACUGAAUAUGAUUAAAAUAUGUGAAGAACACUAUUGGAAUACAAAUCAAUUUCUACGUUUCAAUCCUAUUAUUGAAGUUCUAACACAGAACGAAAACUUAGACGAUAAUUCAUGUAUAAUAUGGUGUUGUGCAACAACAAUGUUAGCUUGCAUUAGGCAAGACAAAUUCAUUGAUUUUCCUUUGAAAAUGGUUAAAAAUUGUAUUAAACGUAAUUAUUUACAAUCUUGUUCAGAUGAAUCAGCUAGAUAUCUCUUAUACGCUACAAAUUUAAUAACACAUAUUUGUAAUGAAGACAACAUGUAUUCAAUGGAAAAUCUAUCAGCACAUGAUGCUAUGAUAAAAAUAUGUGAAGCCAAAUCAAUUUACGAUCAACCAUACGAACAAAUGAAACAAAACUAUUUAGAAAUACAAAAUCAUUUACUUACUAAUACAUGA